AUGAAUUCCGGGGUCAUGUCACCUGAAGCGAUCGUUUCGACGACGUAUCGAGAUUCUUCGCACAUGUUGAACGAUCUGCAGGAAAGUCUCCCAAAAGAAAUCGGGGGGUUGAAGAAACUUCGGCGUUUGGAUCUGGCGAAUAACCGUCUCGAAGAAAUUCCAGACGAGGCAAGCUUACUGCAGGACCUGGAACACGUCGGUCUCCAAGGAAAUCCCAUCCAGCGAAUGCCGCUGGCGAUCGAACGCCUACAGACCAAGGGCGAACUUCUCCGGUCCAAGGCUCGGAGGCAGAAACUGCAACAAGAUGCAGCGGCAGUCGUCACAAGCUCGGGUUGUCGCUUGGGCACUAAUCCUCGGGCUGGAAAGAGAUCGAACAUCACCGGAUAA